AUGGCUCUUAUUUUCAUAGCAACGGUUUCUGCAUGUGGGUCGUCCGUUGCAGCCAUUGAUAAUCUUGGGCAGAUCGCCGAGUCACUUAAAUAUCCAAAUCAUUCAAUAGGUAUUUUGGUUUCAUGGAUUUCCAUAUUCAAUUUCUUUGGUCGGGUCUUCUCCGGUUUCAUCUCUGAAACCCUUAUGACCAAAUACAAAUUACCUCGUCCUUUCAUGUUCGGUCUUACCCAACUUUUCACCAGCACUGGCUUGCUCUCCAUUGCAUUCCCUUAUAUAAAUUCAGUGUAUGUAGCUUCGUUGAUCAUUGGGUUUGGCCUUGGAGCCCAAACUCCGUUGAUAUUCGCCAUAAUCUCUGAUCUUUUCGGCCUCAAACAUUACUCGACACUGCUCAACUGUGGGCAACUGGCUGUCCCACUUGGAUCUUACAUAAUGAACGUGGAAGUAAUAGGGAGGUUUUACGAUGCAGAAGCCACUAAAAUUGGAAAUGUGAAGAACGGGAAGGGCCUAACUUGCACUGGAACUCAUUGCUUUAGUGAAUCGUUCAUGAUUUUGGCUGCAGUGACUUUGUUUGGAGCGAUGGCUUCGUUUGUGCUAGCUUAUAGAACUCGAGACUUCUACAAAGGCGAUGUAUAUAAGAAAUACAAAGAUGACAUGGAGGCUACGCAGUCGAACGUGGAAUUAAAUUCCUUCGAUGACAAAAACAAUGAACACAAAAAGAAAAUUGAUGAUCAAAGUAAAUAA